GUUUCUGUCUGUCAAGCUGUCAUCAUACGCUUCAGACGAGUAAGAGACCGGUUACAAAGUUUUAAAUCCGACAACAGCUCGAGGAAUCAAUAAGAAAACAAAACGAGGUCAGAUUUCCCUGUGUAACGAUGAAGUGUGAGAAUCUGUUCUACCUUAGUGCCUUGUUUAGUGUAUAUACUGUAAGUAUCAUACUUGCUAAACAGGCAGACUACUAUGAAGUCCUGGGUCUUAAAAAAGGUGCUUCAGAUAAACAGAUCAAGAGAGCAUUCAGAAAGCUAGCACUGAAGUUUCAUCCAGAUAAAAAUAAGGAGAAAGGAGCAGAAGAAAAGUUCAGGGAAAUAGCUAAAGCCUAUGAGGUACUGGGUGAUCCUGAGAAAAAGAAGAAAUAUGACACAUAUGGCCACAUGGAUGACCAGCCGUUUGGAGGUGGAGGUGGUGGAUUCCCGUCUCAUAGUUUUGACUUUGGAGAUUUCUUUAAAGGAUUUGAUGAUGCAUUCAGUGCUCAUAAACAAGGCCAUCAUAAACACCAACAGGGUUUCAAAUUCUCAUUUGGUGGAAAUGGUGGAAAUUUUUUCAAUUUCGAUGAUUUAUUUGAUGAUGAUGAUGACGAAGAUGAUGAUAACGGAAGUCAUUUUUUCCACGACUUUUUUCAUGACGAUGAUGAUGAUGACUUCUAUCAAGAUGCAUUUGGAUUUGAAGACGAUUUAUUUGGUAAUCUUCAUCAUCACAGUCAGUAUGACCAUGCUUCAAACCAUCAUCAGAAUAUCCGUAAUCAACAUCAAAGACUUCAUAAACAUAAUCAUGAAAAGCACCAAAGGAAUCAUCAGCGAGCACGCAUGCAUCACCAUCACCCACAUCACAACCAUGCCCAAGCACAUGCUUCAAGCUACACACAAGGUGGAAGAACAUGUAGAACCGUAACACAGAGAAUAGGAAAUAUGGUGACUACACACACUGAGUGUUCCUGAGUCAGUGAUCAGUAUCACACAUCACACUGAGUGCUACAAAGUCUCAUCAUUUCAUGAAACAUACCUGAGGUGUUCCUGAGUGCCACACAUCACUUACACAUAGUGAUCUAGAGUAACAUUGUUAGGUUAAUUAAACAGAAAAGAGUGUUCCCUCAACUGUGAAAACUUUCAAUGAAUCUGUGAUAUCUGUGAAAUUAGACAUGUGCUAAAUGUUUAUAUCCAUAAACUAGGUUGUCACAUAUCACAAGAUUUUUUAUCUUGGCCCCCGAGUCUAUGACAAGUAAGGAUCUGCUGGAAUAUUUCAUACCUCAGUGCUCACCUUAGAAUUGAGAGUAGAGUGUGAAUGCUGAAUAGAAGGAUAUAUAGAGGGCAAUCGUGCUUUAGAGGAGAGUACAGGGUUGUGUAAUUUUCUAUAUAAAAAUCAACGGAAAAUAUAAUGCGUAAUAAGAUAACUCACAUGGUGCCUUGAAAGUAGUUCAUAAGGCAGGAACAUAUGAUUAAAUUAUUCUGUUAUUACCACAGUAUACUUAGUCAAAUAGUUUUUCAUUGGACCUUUUUUUGUCUGAAUGAUUUAACUGCAGUGAACUAAUUGAUUUUCUCUACUAUUUGUUGAUAAACAAGCAAUACUUUCAAUAAUGUUAUGAAUCCAGUUUAUAUUCUUGUCUAAUUGUACUGUUCUGAAUAUACAUCUUAAAACAAAUUACGACAGAUGACAGUUUUUUACUCCAGCAGAGAUGUGUAUUCUGUUCUUUCGUAAUGUAAAGUUAUCUGCCCUUUUGAGAAGAUAAUGAUAAUUAGUUUGUGACAUUGUUAGGUUCUGUGGGAAACUCACAUCAUUUUCUCAUGACUUUACUCUUACAAACAAAUGACAACUAUCUAUACCUGCUCACAAGAGCAGAUAACUCUGCAUUACAAAAAGACAAAAUAUCUUUCUUUAGUGUGUAUGUGAUCAAUGUGAAAUGAGAUGUUUCCAUGGAUAGGAUGCAAUUUUUUGGUAUUUUACUGCAUGGCUAGUGUUUUAGGAAAUAACUGAAGGCUGUCAGAAUUUGUUUUUAUUAUUUCUAGUUGAUAUAGAAUGUUUAAAAGCAGUUUUAAAGCCUAAAUAUGUAAUAGUAUUGAUUGAUUUGUAUUAUUCUCUCUUUAGAGUUAAACAGGACAAAUUGGGUUUCAUGAUUCGUGAGAACUUUUCCAGUCCACUAGGCCAUAAUGUGUACUCUUCAAGUAGUGAAAGCUUAACAUAAAAAUCUUUUAUUAUGUUUGUUGAUUUCUAAGACUUCAUUUGAUUUGUAAGACUUGCUUGCUGUGAUACAAAAUUUGGUCGAAUUUUAGACCAUUUGUUAAGGAGAGAUAACUGUUGUAUAAUUAAAGGACUUAACUGUCAAAAUGGAUUAAUCAAAGUAUAUCAUUACAUAUAAAAGAAUUCUCAUACAUGCUGUCAAAAAUGAGUAACAGGCAUGUUGAGUUAGAAACUAAUAAAUAGAUAUAUUAUACCCAGUCAAUGUACUGCAUUUAGUUUAAUGUAUGAUGUUAUGACAAAACUUGGACUGGUGAAGAUUAAAUUUAUUUAAAAUCUAUAGCUGUAUAUCUUAUUGCAAGAAUAUAGUUCUAAAAUAUCGGUAAACUGUGGUGACCUACCUAAUGUAUAGUUAUAUUGUUGAUUCAAAUUGUUAGGAACAUGUUAAUAAUUAAGUCAACACUCCAUAAAUAAACAGAGUUUAAAAACAUAUCACUGUGGGUUUAAUCGAUUGUAGGAUUUAUAAUCAUUGUAAUUUGAAUAUUUUGUCAAAAAUUCUCUCAUUGUUGCUUCAUUGAUUAUAGAAUAAAUAUCUUCUCCAUAUAAUUAUUGAUUUGAAAAAAAAAAUUAUUUACAAGCUUGAAUUAUUCAGUUCUAAGUAGUAUAUUUGCUAAACUAUUUACAUUUUUUUAAAUGCUUAGGAAUCAAAACUGCAUCAGUAAGCAGAUCCCACCAAGCACAUCACAAUAGAUGUUCUUGACAGUGAUGAGAAUUCAGCUAAUUUGAUAUAAAUUCAAAACUAUUGUAAUAUCCAUCAUGUGUCUAUCUACUUACUUCUGCAUAUACACAUGUAUUUUUAUGUAAUAUUGUAUAUUAUCAACACUACGCCAAAAAAUGGUUCCUGAAAAUUCAGUUUUAUUCUUUGGAAAAUUUGCUCAAAAAAUUGAUAACGAAAAAUCAAGAAUUUAGUUUGAUAUUGUUAUGAACUUUUGAGGUACUUAUUAAUGUAUAAUAAGAAUUAGUAUGAUUUGUAAUUUUCUGUAAGGUUACCAGUACAUUGUUGUAUCAUCCAAAAAAAAUUUGUAUACCAAGGGUAUUUGUAUUCUGUUUCAGAAUGCUCAGUUAUUAAUGGACACAAUUUGUAUAUGUUGGUGACAGAAAUUGUCGGCUAAAGAGAAUUCCAAAAAUUCAAAUAUUGAACCUUUGUUAAUGUUGGGAAAGUUGUUGAAGCUUAUAAACCAGUGUGAAUGUGGAGCUUUAUUGUAUGCUGAGGUUACUGUAUUCUGUAAGCAUGCUUUCUACGCACCAAUUCGAAUAUACCCAUUAGUCUUUCAAAUAUGUGCAAUGAAAUCAUAUGAUUGAUUUUAAUGUGUCCUUUUUAUUGUUGAUUGAUUAAAGAGUUUUGUCCUGUAGUCCGAUGGAUCUUGUUGAUCUCAAUAAUAAAUGGUAAGUGAAUAUGAAACUCUGUAUCGCAAAACAGAACAAAAUUGAGGAAAAUGAAAAAAUGAAAUAUUUUUAUUUUGAGACAUAGCUACCAACUUUCCUUUCAUAAAGUUUUGUGAAGACUAUUUUGAAAAUCGAAAGCAUUGAUUAUAAUUUGGAAGAUCAAAACUAUUGGGAAGUUUGGAAGACAGAGACUACAGAUAUAAGCUGUGUGUAUUGGAUUGUUUGUUUGUUGUUUUUUUCGUUUGCUGUUUACCUUUAUCGUUUAUACAACUUUGAGUUGUUUUGAUGAUUUCCAUUCUGGAUUACAUUGUUAAAGGUAUGAUGUUAUAUAACUGGUAAUCCUUCCUUAUCCGAAACCCAUUUAAACCAAAUCUUUAAUUUAUUUACAAAUCACUGAAUUUUAUUCAAAUCAAUAUUUUUUUUUUCAAAGCAAUGCUUCAUUUCUGGUUUCAGAUGUAUAUUUAAACAGACUCUUUAUCAUUCAUGUAUGUCAAGAUUUCAUUUCUAGUGGAUCUAUUUUCAUUAUUUGAUUAAUUCAUAUGAAAUCUGAUUUUUAUGAAAUUCUUUAUUGCUAAGAGACAACAACCAUUGUCUGUGUCAUAAAGAAUUUACAAUAAAUACAAAUAUAGAAGCACUUCGUAUAGGUGAAUUUGAAUAUUGUUUUUGUAAUCACAAUAGCUCAUAAUACUUUGCCAAAAAAUGCACAUUUACUUUAAAUAUUGGUUCGUAACAGCAGAAACUACAUGCUUUUAAAAUUGAAUAUAUUAAGUUUGCUACAUCAGUAUAAUGCAAUGUAUAUGCAAAUGGCUAAAUGCUACUUUGAGAGCAAGAUAUAUACUGUUUCUGAUAGAAAAUUCCCAUUCAAAAUAUUCUAUUUUCGUGUUAUUUUAAUGUAUGUAGGGCCAUUUUUGAUUUAUAGCUUGAUCCAAAUAGAUGUAUUUAUAGUGUUUCAACAUAUAUAUGUGUUUGCUCAUGUUAAAUGUUUCUUCAUUAUCAAACCUGUUUAUGGUCUUCCUGACAUUAAAUGAUAUUAUGGUUAUUCAUGAAAUGUUGAAUUUAUGAAAUAAAGUAUUUAAAUGAUA